AUGACAAAUAAGAAAGAUAAUAUUGCUUCAAGCACCUCAGAUCCCGUUGAUUCACCACCACCUUAUACACCUCUUCCUUCACAAUCCCGAGAAGUUGUGCCAAAUGAAUCUACGCGUCUUUACCCAGAUGUUCCGAAAAAUUCUUAUUCAACUAUUCCAACUCCAACGUAUAACCCACCAAACCCACCUCAACAAUCUUCAGUAACAGCAUAUUAUCAACCUGACACUGUUGUUUUAAGUCCAGCAGUCUCUAUUUUUGAUUUACGUGCUCAGCCAGCCGUUACUUGUUGUCCAUAUUGUAACCAAAUUGUUUUAAGCAAGACAAGUUUCAAGAUUGGAUCUGCAAAUUUGUUAUCUUCUCUUGGAUUAUUUAUAAUCGGAGUAACGAUGUGGGGAUGUUGCUUGAUCCCCCUUUGCAUCACUGAUUUGAAAGAUUGCAUCCAUUCAUGCCCUAGUUGUGGUAGAAAUAUGGCUAGAUACUCAAGAAUUGAAGGAAGAGUUUAUAGUUACGGAGAAUAA